CAUCGAAGGCACUAGUCAAAACAUCUCGAAAGCUUAAUCAUUAUUUUGCGCAUCAAAUUUCUUGGAGCUCCCUAUGGAAUUCCUGAACAUUUCAUGGAUUUCUAUCCUCAUAACUGUCCUGCUCGCAGGAUUUGUAGUAGGAAUAUCUAGGAAAAUGUCCAAAAUGCCGCCAGGGCCAACGCCCUUUCCCAUCAUUGGCAACCUUCAUUUAAUCUCCCGUCUUCCUCACAGAUCCUUCUCCUCUCUUGCCCAAAAAUAUGGCCCAAUUAUGACCCUCCACUUGGGUUCUCUCCCAACAGUCAUAAUUUCAUCUCCUGAAAUGGCUAAACAAGUCCUCAAAACGCAGGACCAUAUAUUUGCUAGCCGCCCUCCCAUGGGAGAUAACGACCAUAUCCUAAGUCCCCAGAAAGUUUCAAUCUCUCCAUAUAAUCCAUAUUGGAAAUUCAUGCGCAAAAUCCUCGUUUCUGAGCUUCUUUCGCCAAAGAGAUUGAAAUCAUUUGCACCCCUCAGAGCCCAAGAAGUUUCUGCAAUGAUACAUUCCAUACUACAAAAAGCCAUUGCCAACUAUAAGAGUGGCGUUAACCUCAUUGCUGUAGAUUUAUCUAGGGAGGUAGGUUUUCUCACUAAUAAUACCAUCUGCAGAAUGUCAUUUGGGAAAACAUGUAAUGACGAUCAAAUGGGUGGAAGAGCAUUCAAGGAAGUUUUGGAUGAUUGUCUUGCUCUAGCUGCUGGCUUUAAAUACAGCGAUUACAUUCCUCUGUUGGGUUGGUUUGAUUUGCAAGGCAAUAGACGAAGACACGCCAAGCUUACUGAGAUUUUUCAUCUGUUUGUGGAGAAAAUUGUGGAUGAGCACUUUGAAAGAAGGAAGAAAUCCAAUGGCCUGGAGUGUGAGGACUUUGUGGAUUUGCUUCUUUCUUUGUCUGAAGAUGAAUCCAUGGAGAUUAAAAUCAACAGAGACCAGAUCAAGAAAGUUAUUCUGGACUUGUUAGCUGCAGCCACAGAUACUUCAGGAAGCACAUUAGAAUGGGCAAUGUCGGAGUUACUUAGAGAUUCUUCAUCAAUGAUGAGGGUCCAAAAUGAGAUUGACUGUAUAGUUGGAUCCAAUCGUAUGGUUGAAGAAUCUGAUCUACCUCAUCUUAACUAUUUACAAGCAAUAGUGAAAGAAACAUUAAGACUUCACCCACCUGUCCCUUUGCUCAUUCCACAUCUAUCUAUGGAACAAUCAACAAUAGCGGGAUAUCAAAUACCAGAAAAUACCCAAGUUCUUGUGAAUGCUUGGGCUAUUGCAAGAGAUGCAAUUGCUUGGGAAGAAGCCAAUGAAUUCAAGCCAGAAAGAUUUAUAGGGAACCCAAUUGAUGUCAAAGGUCAAGAUUUUGAACUCAUACCUUUUGGUUCAGGAAGGAGAGGGUGCCCUGGAAUUAACUUGGCUUUGUCCUUAGUCCAUCUUGGCCUUGCACAACUAUUACAUUGCUUCAAUUGGAGUCUUCCUAUAGGGGUAACUCCUAAAAAUUUGGAUAUGUCAGAAGUAUAUGGUCUAACCAUGCCAAGGGCAAUCCAUCUUUAUGCCAUUCCAAUUCCCCGCCUUCAAAUAGGACUCUAUGAAACAAAAACCUAAUUUUUUUUAACUCUGUCUUGUAUGUGGCUUCAUACUACCAACUUUCACAGGUAGUGUAUUUAUAAAUCUAUGGUUCUUUCCCUAUAGUAUGCUCAAUAAUCUUCAAGUGUUA